UUUGAAUUGAAUUAUUAUUUUAUUGGUAGUAAUGAGUUUAAAAAUUUAACGGUUCGUGCCUGUUUGCGUCGCAUUUGAUUACAAAUGUUAUUGAUAAUACGAGUGUUUUAAUGUGAACAAAGUUUUUAAUUUUUUACAAGGUGUUCAACAAAGAAUCGUUGAAAAUUGAUAAGUGAAUCAAGAUGUCGAAGGAGUUUGUUAUCCCUGUAAACAAAGAUGAACUUUUGCAAUCUGCCCGGCCUGGACAAUUUUUUGUGGAAAAAGUUAUUCCAAUUCGAAUGAUUCCACAAGCUUUAAAUGAAGCAAGAUCAGCACUUCAAAAAGAUGGAACUGACUUUUUGAUAGAACACUUCGAUACAUUUUUUUCUAUAAUGGUUCAUGGCAAUAAAGUUGAGUUACCAGUUAUAAUAAGAGGUUUUAACAGACUUCAUAAAGCUAUGGAAAUGUUGGUUCAUGAUAUGGAAAGCAUGUUUGAGAAAGGCACCGAAUUACAAGAAGAAGACAGAGUACGAUUUUUAAACACUACUAAAAUGUUAAUAUACCUAUUUUCUUGGUUCAUCUGUUAUAUAGAUGAUGAAAUUUCUAAAGAUGCGAGUGAAAAAUUAUUGGACAAGAGAAAGAAAGCCACUAAGACUGAUAUGGAAGAGGAAUGGGAAAGUAAUAGGGAAAAAGCAUUAGAAUAUGUUUAUAGAUUACUGCAGUUACCAUUGCAGAGACUUUGGCAACCUCCCAUUGUUGAAGACUCAUUUAUCACAUUACUCACUAAAGUGUGUUACAAGAUUUUGGAACAGUGUAAAGAUUUGAAACAAAAGCAUAUAAGACAAACAAUUUUCGAGAUUUUAGGAGUCUCGAUUAAGAGGUACAACCAUGGUAUAAGCUGUGUAGUUAGAAUUAUCCAGCUAAUUAAAUUUCAUGAUACAUUAGCAUCACAUAUAGCAAGUGGUGUUGUUCACAUGAUUACUGAAUGUGGUUGUAGUGGUUUAAUAAGAGAGAUAAUGAAGGAAAUUGAUCAGAGCGAACCAUCUGAAUCUGACAGUCGUAAUAUAUCAAUAUUUCUUGAAGCUAUUGCUAUUACUGAACCAAAUAUUGUAAUUCCUAUUCUUGACGAAUUAAUGGAUUAUUUGGCUAGUGAACAUUACAGUAUGAGAAAUUGUACAAUUAGCGUUUUGGGAGCAGUUGUACAAAAAGCAUUAACUGGAGACGAUCUUACACAAGAACAAAAAAAUUUACGUGACGAGUGUCUUAAUAAUUUGGAAGACCAUAUUCUGGAUAAUAAUGCUUACGUAAGAUCAAAAGUCUUACAAGUUUGGCAACGAUUAUGUUGUGAACAAGCCAUUCCUGUAGCAAGGCAAGGAAAACUUUUAGCUGCCACAGCAUUACGUUUAGAAGAUAAAAGCGCAACUGUACGAAAACAAGCAUUACAACUGUUACGCGCGUUACUUCAAGCCAAUCCUUUUGCUGCUAAGUUAAACAAAGAAGAAAUUUUUCAAUCACUAGAAAAGGAAGAAAUAAAAUUAAGAAAAAUGCAAACUGAAAGUGUUAGUAAAAGUGCUCGCGGCGAUAGCCAAAGAUUAGAAUUCUGGAAUAGUUUACUUCCUCGGAUAAGAAAAGCAUUGAAAGAAGUUAUUAAUGGGAAAAUGAAAAAGAAUAACAAACGAAGUCAUACAGAUGAUGAAGAUGAGGACGAGAAUGAAGACGAAAGAAAUAUUAAUCCUGAUACAGCAUUCGAACACAUCAGGCAACUUAUGUUGAAAGAAAAAAUAACUGAAGCAGUGAAGUUUUUAUGGAAAACUUGCAUCAAGUUAAAACAAAAUCCUGAAUUGACAAAUUUAACUUCUGAAGCAAAAGAAGAAUUUUUAUUUUUACUUUUAUUGAAAACGUUUAUGGAAUCGGAAAAUACUUCGAACAAUCCAAAAGAAACUAUAGAUGAAUUGCAAUCAAUAGCUAAAGAUAAAGAAAAAGAAGAAAUAGAAGUAACAAAACGACUUGUACAUUAUUUGACAAACUGCUUGGAAUUUGCGACUGAACUAGAAACUGCUAUUCCUAUGGCGGAAAAAUUACUUUUUUCUACAACAGCGACUGAUGCCGUUGAAGCAUGUAGUCUGCUUGGAACCGCGUAUCAAUUUGGAAUCACUGGAGCUGCAAGUGCUAUACGCGAUGCUCUGUUCCAAACAUUUCACCGUGAUCAGUCUGUACGUAAUAAUUUAGCUGAUGUGUAUAAACAGAUAUAUUUGAAGAAAAAUAACGAUAAAAAGUCAACUCGUCAAAAAGCUCUCACAUGUGUUAAAGCUUUGAUCGAAUUACUGAAAUCGCUUCAACCAGGUCAGAGUCAAGCUUUAAGUCAACUUAUUAUAGCAUGGUAUAACAAUCAUGAAGUGGGUGAUGAAGAAUUACAGGUCCUGUGGGAAAUUUUUUCGAUGAAAAUAUCGGACGUAGAUCCAUUGGACAGUAGAUCAGCUUUAAUGCUAAUAACAAUGAUAGCACAAGUUCAGAGUGGUAUUAUAGCUGACAAUUUAGAAGUAUUGAUAAAAGUUGGUCUGGGAUCACGAGCAAAAACAGAUCUUCUUUUAGCCAGAGAUACAUGCAGAGCACUGUUAAUGAUAAAAAAUAACAAUAAUAACAUUGAGAAACCCAUGAAUAGAUAUUCUAAUGAUCAUGAGAUGUUCAAAGAAAUUCUCUCAUUGCUGUCGGACAAAUUUACUAACAUGGAAGAAGACGGAUAUAUAUCGUUCGUGACAGAUGCCAUUAGUGUUAUUUAUCAUUUAGCGAAUCAACCUGAUCAUUUAAUGCAGCAAUUUCUGAUAGAUAUAUGUAGUCGUGAACAAUUUAAUAGUGAUAAUUCAACGCCACAAGUUGUUCCAUUUUUUAUACUAUCCAAAUUAUUAUAUAUAGUCGGACAUAUUGCAAUCAAAGUAAUGGUACAUUUGGAUACAUCGGUUUAUAAAGAAUUAAAGCGAAGAGAUACUAUACGAAAGUUAAGGAAAGAAAAGGAUUCAGAUAAAAAAAAUCAACACGGUCGUAAGUCUCGAAAAUCGGCAAGGUCUGUAUCGAGUACUCCAAACAGUGCAAGGCAACAACUUCGUAAUAAAGAGACAAGUGCAAUUAUGGAAGACAAUGGUGAGGAAGCUGUUGAAGGGGCAAUAGAUGAUGCAGAUGCAGAACUUAUAAACGAUAUUCUGGAAAAUCAUAUUGUAACUGGAGAUGGAUUGUUAGCACAAUUCGUUCCAUUGGUUCAAGAUGUGUGUCAAAAUCAUGAUAAAUAUAAUAAUGAGGAUGUGCAAGCUGCUGGCACACUUGCUCUUUGUAAAAUGAUGACCGUGAGCUCCAACUUUUGCGAAGAAUCAUUACAACUUUUAAUUACGAUAUUAGAACGUUCACUGUAUCCUGCUAUUCGCGCAAACGUGCUUAUUGGAAUAAGUGACCUUGCAACGAGAUUUCCUAAUCAAGUAGAACCAUGGAUGAAACAUAUAUAUGGCAGGUUACGAGAUGAAAAUAUAAAAGUACGAAGUACCUGUGUUCGCGUUUUAUCAAGUCUUAUAAUGAGAGAUAUGGUGCGUGUAAGAGGUCAGAUAUCAGAAUUAGCUCUCUGUAUAAUUGACACAGAUGUCCAAAUUCGUCAAGACGCGAAACAAUUUUUCAAAGCACUUUCCCAGAAAGCUAACGCCUUGUAUAAUAUCAUACCUGAUAUACUGUCCCGGUUAACUGAUUCAGACUUGGAUCUAAAAGAAUCUGACUUUCAAGAAGUUAUAAAAUACAUAUUAGGUUUGUUACAAAAAGAGAAACAAAUCGAUGCCAUAAUUGAUAAAAUUUGUGCUAGAUUUAAAUUAGCUACUACAGAAAGGCAAUGGCGUGAUUUCGCAUAUUGUCUUUCACUUUUGCAAUUUGGCCCGAAGAGUAUGCGACAUCUUGCUGACAGUUUACCCCUACUGAAAGAAAAGAUUCACAACAAACAAGUUUUAAAAGCUUUGCAAAAUAUAAUAGAACAGACGAAAAAGAAACCAAAUAUGAAAACAGCUUGUAUAGAACUGGAAGAAAAAAUAAAUGAACUGCUUAAGGGCACAGAGAAUACACAGAAUGCACCAUUUGAUGACGAUUCCUCUAUGAUGCCACCACCAUCAGCGCCGAAAUCAAGAAAACGCACCAAACGUACACAACACAAGAAUUGCAGCGAUGAAGAGGAUGAUGUAGAUAGUGAUCCUGAUUCAGUACCCGUGACAGAAGCAAGGAGCGUUAAGAAAGCGAAGUCCCGUGGAAACAAAAAUAAAUCAAGCUCUGAUUCGGAUUCGGAUACUGAUUUCGCACCAAUGAAGACUCCUUCCAGACAAACUAGGACAAAUUCGUUUGUCUCAAGUACAAAAAAAUUAUCAACACGCCGGAAGCACAGCUCGACUGCAGCUUCUCCAUCGAUAUCAACAAAAAGAAAUAAACCAACUAUUGCAACACCUGCAACGCCCGCACGUACCCCACAGAGAACAUCGGCACGUUUAUCUCAAUCGAGAGUUAAACAUUAAAAUUUAUAGACACAUUAGUCAAACUAAUGUGUUAUACUUUUUUUAUAAAAUAGGAUAGACAAGAAAAUAAAGCGAGAAUAAGAUGUGCCCAUUUGUAUAACUUUAUUCUUAUAUAGAUUCCAUGAAAUAUGAAGAUACAUUUCAUAAAACUUGCGUUCUGUAACAGUUAAAACGAUAAGAGUUAUGUAUGUAGAAGUAAAAAGAAAUUACAUAGGACAUUCAUUUACAAUGUUACAAAGCCGAUUAAUAAUCAUAGCUUUAACUAGUGCCAUGUAAGAUUUGGUAUAUUAUUUUUUUUCAAUUUAUGUAUAUAAUUUAAGUAUGUGUUUUUCAUUUGAAUCUGUAGAAGGUACUGUCGAGCCAUACCGGUAAAAGUCAACGCUUGUCGAACAGACAAUAGUGGUAGGUAAUAUUUUUUCGGGUUUUUCAUUUUUCAUACUAUGAAUUUGAAACAAAAAAAUCCCAAAAAUUCUCUGGCAUACAUGGCAAUGCUAGUAAUGUGUCUGAAUUUUUAUAUAUCACUAUAUAAGGACGAAAACUGAUAAUUCAAAUUUAUUCUGUAACUAUUUUUCCUAUUGACAUAGAGGAUUGAUUGUUGGUGUACAAUGUUCAGUAUGGGUGAUAGUUAAAAACAUAACGUAACUAAAUUUAUGACUUCAUUAUAUUUGAUAAUUAAGAUCGAUUAGAAAAUAUUUGAGUUGAAUAGAAUUAAUUUAUUUCGAAUCCUUAUUUAAAUACUGUUACAAAAAUUAUAUUACAGUUGUUUAUGUAAAA